UGUUAUUUAGUCAAUUGUACGGCGAAAAAGUGCAUCACAAAUUAUUAUAUACAUUUUUCUUCUUCUUCAUUUAACAGCUGGCGCGCUUUAAUGCUGCCAGCCAAGCCAGGGGGGUAAAUCAGCUUCGGCUCUUUUUUGUGCUCGCGUCGUGAUCUUUGGCCUCUUUUGGGAGUCGGAUACACGGAAAGAAAAUCCGACGCGUAUGUAUUCAUCCCUGCAGCCAUGCAUCCACAUCCCCAGAACAACGGAGGAGGGGUGGGGGAGAAAUCACUCCGCAGGGGGAACUGCUCACUUAAUUAGGAAAGCCUUCUUCUCAAGCACAACUCGGCUCAAUUUAUUCUGCACAUUAAGGAUGGCUCAAAACACUUCCAUCAUAUUUCAAGGCCAGUUAGAUAGGUACAAUGGCAUCACUAUCGAUUCCACUAAGGAGAUUUGCCAGAGCACUGAGAGCUUUACUGAAAAACUGAAAGCUUCGUUAAAUUUUUGGAUAGAACAAAGAGAAAUUCGAGGAGUUUGGUUCCAGGUAGCUUUGAAAAAUGCUGACUGGGUACCAAUUUUGGCUCAGCAUGAAUUUUGUUUUCAUCACGCUAAGCCGGAAGCAGUGACGAUGUGCCGCUGGCUACCAAAAAAUGAACCUUGCAAUAUACCAAGCUAUGCUCACACCAUGGUAGGUGUCGGAGGUCUUGUUGUAGAUUCAAAAAAUCGACUCUUGGUGGUUAAAGAGCGAUUUUGGCAAACUCCUAGUUGGAAACUACCAGGUGGAUUUUUAGAAUCUGGUGAAGAUAUGGGCAGCGCUGCGAUAAGAGAAGUAUUCGAGGAGACUGGCAUUUUGACCGAAUUUAACUCCAUUGUUGCCUUACGACAUCACCAUGCCUCCCAAUUUGGAUGCUCAGACAUUUACAUAAUUGUGCACUUAUCCCCUAUGGUGGAGGACCAACCCAUUCAGCAAUGCAAUCAAGAAAUUACUGAAUGCUGCUGGAUGAAAAUCGAAGAAUUUCUUGUGCAUCCUGAAGCUCACGAUCACAACCGAUUUUUUGUGAGAAAGUAUCUGGAAAAUGCAAAACGAGGCACUGCCAUGACUGCGUCCAAGUCGAAGCACCCUAUUUUUAAGAACACGCAGACAAUUUACACUAUUAACUGCGAAUCGUCUGUGUGAUGUAUUGUAUGUUGACAUUCCAUGAAAGAUGUAUGCAUGCGAAAUUAUGAAAAUUUUUCAGCUUUAAAUUUUUUUGAAAGAAAUGAAUAAUGAUCAAGAACAAAAAAUUAAUUGGAAGUAGAUUUUUCCUCAUAUUAUCAUUACGUGCUAUGAAGAAUAAAAAUUAAUUUAAAGAA